UGCAGUUGUUAUUUACCGUUGCUUCAAAAUGAUUCAAUAUUGGGUAAUUUUCGUUUUAAAACUUGGUUUGCUCUGUGUUGAUGGUGCACCUUCGAACGAUUCAAAUGGACUGGGUUACGAGCUUUUGCUGACGAAGAUGGACUAUUUAGAAUACAAAUUUCUAGAAUUGCAAGUGGAGAUUAAGGAACAAAUUGAGUCUGUGUUACUGAAGCAGGAGAAAAGUGAACGUGCUGUGCUCGAGCAAACAAGUGACAUUUUGGUGCAGCAAAAGGUGUUCGCUGAUCAUGAAGCACUGAAAAAGUCCAUUUUCGAUUUACGACCGAGAAAGCACCCUUCCGAUAACAGUGAAUUUAUUGAUUUUUUGUUCAAGAAGCAUGUAGUGGCAGUACAAAAGAUCCCUCCGAUCAAAUCGUGUGAGUCAGAGACGUCCAAAAAGUCAGGAAUAUACUUGCUAUCCCUGGCAGACGCAACAGAGUUCGAAGUUUAUUGCGAGCAAGACAUGCACGAUGGUGGUUGGAUUGUGAUCCAAAAUCGGUUCGACGGAUCAGUUGAUUUUUACAGGAAUUGGACCGAGUAUAAGAAUGGUUUUGGCAGCCUUGACGGAGAGUUUUGGCUUGGGCUAGAUAAGAUCCACAAGCUAAGUUCAUUUAAAAUUAUGGAAUUAUUAAUUUACGUGGAAGACUUCCAUGGCCAUGCAAAAUAUGCUAUUUACUCGGACUUCUCAAUUGGUACUGAAAGAGAACACUACACUUUGAAUGUAAAAAGUGGUGAACGUGGAAACCUGAAUGACUCUUUGCUUGAACAGAAUGGAAAGAAAUUUAGCACUUUUGAUGUCGACAAUGACGAAGACUCAUCUGUAAGUUGUGCUUCUGAACGCCGUGGUGCUUGGUGGUAUGACUCUUGCAGCUAUAGGUAAUUGACAGCUUUGAGUGUUCAGUGUUAUGCUUUAUUUAUAUUGAUUUUAUUUUAGCAACUUAAAUGGACCUCACUUAAAUAAAGAAGGGCGAGCCUCAAUGUGUUGGUAUGCAUUUUCUAGCAAAUAUCAAGGAUUGAAAAUCUCAAAAAUGAUGAUUAGAUGAACGGAAUAAGAUAAUCAAAUAUUGCCAGUGAUUCUAUAAUAUAUCAAAGUGUUUAUGAAAUAUUUGACAAAA